GACCUGCUGCCGCGCCAGCGCGUGCCUCCUUCAUCGGGGCAGCCAGCUGCUUUCAGGCAAAAACAAAUGGCUGGGCGGCGUGCUUGGCCUAGAUGGCAACAUCUAUUGUAUACCUUGCAACAAAGAUUCAGUGCUUCAGAUCUCCACUGCGGACAGUCACAUAUCUACCUUCGGAAGCUUUGCGGAGCAGGGCACCUUCAAAUGGUCCCGGGGUCUGAUGGCCGGCAACGGCAAUAUUUUUGGUAUUCCAGCGCGUGCAAAGUCAGUGCUGAAAAUUUCGCCUACCACCAAAGAGGUUAGCACCUUCGGCAGUCUGCCUGAGGGGAAGUGGAAAUGGCAUGGAGCUGUUGUUGCGCCGGAUGGUGCAAUCUAUUGCAUUCCAGCCGAAGCUGAAUCGGUUCUGCGAAUUGAUCCGGAAAGUGAUCGAGCCGAGACAAUAGGUGACAAGAUGCCCGGACGAUGGAAAUGGUACGGAGGCCUACUGGGAUCCGAUGGCUGCAUCUACGGAAUGCCGUACUAUGCCAACAGCGUGCUUAAGAUCGAUCCGCAAACAGGCAAGGUGAGCACCAUCGGCAACUUGCCGGAGGGUAGCUGGAAGUGGCAUGGUGGGGUGGUAGGGGCGGAUGGAGCCAUCUAUGGAAUUCCUGCCCAUGCAGAGACAGUUCUCAAGGUCGUUCCUGCCACCGGCGAGGUUAAGACCAUAGGAGGCCCUUUCCCUGGCAAGUACAAGUGGCUGGGGGCUGUGCUUGGCAGCAACGGCUGCAUCUACGGCAUCCCGUACAACGCACAGUCGAUCAUGAAGAUCUCUCCCGACGCAGAGGACGUGGAGUUGAUCGAUGUACCGCUCAAGGGGAGAAACAUGUGGCAAGGUGGUGUUCUGGGGCCGGAUGGAGCUGUGUACUUCAUCCCGAGAUGGGCUCAGCACGUCUUGAGGAUCAAGGAAGACAAGGUGUCGGUCGUCCGCGGCGAUCCCAUCGCUGGUUGGAAUAAAUUCCAAGGAGGUGUACUUGCCCGGGAUGGUUGCAUGUAUGGUGUCCCGCAAGACCUGGAUGCAAUUCUCAAGAUCCAGCCGGAUGCAUCAUGA